AUGGCGGCCAUCCCGUCCGGCGGCUCGCUCGUGGCCACGCACGACUACUACCGGCGCCGCCUGGGCUCCGCGUCCGGUAACAGCGCGUGCGGCGGCGCCGACUGCGCGGGGGAGGCCGCCCCGCAGCGCCCCGGCGAGGGCAGGCCCCCCACGGCCGCCGCGGGCCCCUGGUGGGCCGGCUUCUUCUCCGGGAGGUCCGCGCUCGCGUCCACGGCCACCGUGCUGCAGUCGCCGGCGCGCACAACACCAAAAAGGAAGUUGAGAGAAUCCCACUCUUUACUGUCCAAGCCGCACGCGAGCCUUCCCGACACCCUGGAACUGUGUGCCUUGCACCAAGUGGAAAAUAAACUCCAAGCAGCCAGUGGCCCUGGUGGUGUGCGUGAGCUGUGAGCCGUGUGCCCCGGGGCCUGGGGUUGAAGUCACCA